ACGCACGCGUUUGUUCGGAUUGUGCAGUUGGUCAACUUGGGGAAUAGCAAGUGGGGAUUUCUUAAUGGUGUGAAAUCCUCGGGUGCGCCCCCGCCCAGGAGUGUCAUAGUACAGCAGUGUAUCCGUGAUAAUUCUUUGCUGGAGACCCUUUCCAACUACGCUACACCGACGAAGGAUUUCCUUCACUCGAGGACAGUCGUCUGCUUUUGCACUGCAGUCAUUGUGGAAUGCUUAGGAGCUAUCCCCAGGAUUGAUUCAGAUAUAGUGCAGAAGGUGUUGGGAUAUGUGUUCGACUCACUUAAUCCUCAAAUUAGGGCAGACCAAGAUUACAAGGCUGGAGCGCUAAUGAUUGUUGGAGUACUGGCAACACGAGCAACUCUGGCGCCAAAACUUGUUCAAGACUUGAUCCUCUUUGUUGCAAGGUCUGCGCAGCACGAUGCAUUGGAGUCGAUCGAUUUACCGUGGCUUCGUGUUACAGUGAUGGCUAUUAUAAGUCUAGUUCAGUCACAGUCUGUCCAUGACUUCCGUAAGAAGCCAUUGAUGAUUCUAAAAGACAUCAGGGAUUUUUCUGGUGUACUUACUGUAUUAUCCAGUGAGUUCAACAUUGAUAAUUUUAUUAGGCUUUAUGUUGAGUCAUUGGUUGAUUACAGUGCUUCUGAUGAUUCCUGCCACGCGCACCUUAUUGAAACCAUGGAGACUCUACCUAUUAAGAAGUUUGUUGAAAGGAUCGUGUGCAAGGUUCUUGGCAACUGUAUCAAGGCAUCACAGGUUGCACAAAAUCCAGAUAUAAACCGCACAGGCACAUGGGCAAAGAAGAGCUUGGUUGCAAUUGAAAAAAAAUAUCCACUUGAGCUACGGGAUGCUAUCCGGAAAUUUCUUGAGGACUCUGAAGUUAACUCCAGUGGAAGGGAUUCUACUUCCAAGUUGCUCAGCUUAGUGUUUGAUGAAAGCGAGAGUGCGCCGGCUGAAAUAUCUGAUUCUAACAUUUGGUUCAGUCUGGAUCAUCCUAAGGCUGUGGUCCGUCAAUCUGCUCUCUCAAAAAUUGCCACAUCUGGCAUUUUGAAGAAAGAUACUGUAAAUCCACAGAAAUUUAUCAAUAUGCAAGAUGCAAUAAUACGCAAUCUGUAUGAUGAUGAUCUAAGUGUUGUUCAAGCUGCCUUAUCCAUAGAAGGGCUAGCUGCUGUUGCCAGUCCUGUUGGCCUUCUAAAAGCGUAUGAUCAUGUACUUGCCAAAUGCAUCGACAUCAUUCGCAAAGGUGGUUCAAAAGCAUCAAAAGCUUGUGAUGUUGCUGUUUCUUGUCUGGAAAAGAUGGUUAUGGAAUAUCAGUUGCAUCACGUGGAACAUACGAAGGACAUAGCUACAGUAGUAUUCAGUCUCCUUAUUAUUCACCCAAAGACCUUCAGGGUAAACUUGAAGGCCUUGGAGCUAGCUAAGAAAAAUACAAUGGGAUUUCUACACUAG